AUGAGGGUGGAAGGCCGCAACGCUCAUAUCAGUGCUUGCAUCCUCCUCACCUUCGCCACGUGCGCCUUCACUGGCCACAAUGGCUACCCGCUAGGCUACUCCAUGGCUGCUCCAGCAAAAGCUGGUGCAUAUAUCGCUUCACUUGCGUCAGUAUCUGCUGUGCACCACGCUCCCGCCUCUGGCUACGGCUUUGUCUAUGGUCUCGGCUACGGCAUCCGUGCAAUUGUCUUCCUCACCUUGGCCACUUGCGCCUUCGCUGGCUACGCCGGCUACCUCGGCUACUCCAUCGCUGCUCCUGCCUACACUGCCUACCACGUUCCACUUGCAUCGGUAUCCGCUGUACACCACGCUCCCGCUUUCGGCUAUGACCUAGGUUACAGCCUCGGCUGCGGAGUACCUGCCUAUGGCUACGGACUGGGCAGCUACGGUCUCAGUUAUGGAUAUGGUUUCGGUGGUCUCGGCUACAGCACACUCUUUCGAAAGAAAUGGGAGCUUCUCAGUCAAUGAUAUUUUUAAUUCUUUACCAGCAUCACUGAUACUGACCGCAUAGUAGCUUAGAUGCUGUGAUGUUAUAGUGUUAGAAAGUAGGACAUUUUCUUGAUAAUAGAAAUAUAAAUAUUCUUGUGAAAGUUGUGCCCUUCGGAAUUCUCACGUGCGAUUUCUAUUAAAAGAAGUGCUUUACCACUCCGAUUUCAAAUGCAUGAAACUGUAAACUCAUUUUAGGCAACACCCAAAAAUAUCUGAUCGAUCUCUUUCCUAUGACUAUAACUUCAAUGGCUCAGGAAUCUCAGCUACGUUAGCAAAUACAAGGGCUCGUCUUGUCUAGAGACAUGCG